CCGCGCCGGCGGAGGGAUGGAGGGAUGGAGGGAAGGAAGGAGCCGCGCCGGCGGAGGGAUGGAGGGAAGGAGGGAAGGAAGGAGCCACGCCGGCGGAGGGAUGGAGGGAAGGAGGGAAGGAAGGAGCCGCGCCGGCGGAGGGAUGGAGGGAUGGAGGGAAGGAAGGAGCCGCGCCGGGAGCCGCGCCGGCGGAGGGCGGGAGGGAUGGAGGGAAGGAAGGAGCCGCGCCGGCGGAGGGAGUCUCGGCUCCUGCGCUGA